AUGAGCAGACGUAUCAAGCGUAUCAGUACCAGUUUCAGUACCUCUACUCAGAUCUUAGCCCAUGAUCUUGCUUCAUUGCCUGGAAGACAGCACCCUCCGACUCAACAGCAGCCAUAUAGUGUUGCUCCUUACCUAAAAUCAGUCGGCACAGCCUCAGUCUCAUCCGCACAGGUCUGGCCCCAAGUGAAGUUGAAACUAAGACCAGAUUCUGUUGAGAUGCACUGGCAGAUUUUCUCGUGUUUGGGACAUUGUGAGGGUUUUCAUCCACGGUGA